AAAAAAUCCACUUGAAACUUUCAUUUGUGUCGUUGUCUGAUGUCUUAUUAGCUCAAAAGUGCAACAAGUGUAAUUUAACGCAAGGUUUCAACAGCCAAUUAACAAACGACCUAAAACGUCAAGAAGAUUUAUAACCUGUGCAAAGGUUACUUUUGCGUAACAUUUUUUAUCAUUUACAUCUUAAUGAAAAAUAUUUUAACAUUGGUCUUAAUCUGUUAAUUAGUUGCGAAAACAAACUUUACGCAUGUUCUAAAGAUAAGUAACAGUAGCAGUUUUAAUCUUUAACUUUUUCAUCGUUCUACGAGGAAUUUUGAAAGAGUCACCGCUUCAAUUUCUCGAUAUUGAUAUAUGUUAACUUAAAAGCAUCAUACCAAACCAAAUGAUGAAUUUCUCUUCUUUCAUAAUGAAUACUACAUGUUGCACUUCUUCGCUUAUAUUAUACUCCAAUAAAGUUUUGAUGAAUGAAAAAAAUUAUAUAAAGAAUCCUCAAAUAUUUUCAACACUCGUCAUGUGUGGUGCUGGAAUUUUAAGUGUUGUUACGAUAUUGGGGAAUCUUUUGAUUAUUAUCGCAUACUUUAAAAGCGAAAAAAUUCGAAAUAUUUCAAAUGUACCUAUACUUUCUUUGGCGUUCACUGAUAUGUUUAUUGGGUUCUAUCCUGUAACCAUGAAUAUUAUGGAAGUAGCGUUGGGAUACUGGCCUUUAGGCCAAGCAAUGUGCAGUUUAACUUUAGUGUUAGAUUAUGUAUCUAUUCAAACUUCAAUUAACCACAUUGUUUUAAUCAACUUCGAUCGCUAUUUUUCAAUUAAAUACCCUAUAAAACAUCGUUUACAUCAAAGAACCUCAAUGGUUAUUGUUAAGUUGUUAUCUGUAUGGGUUUUAGCGUUUAUAUUGUGGGCUCCGUAUAUCAAUUUUUAUAAAUACACAUCAAAAAAGAAAACUUUCUCAGAAAAUCUUUGUUACAAGCAGUUUUCAAAGGUCGGUGAUGUUAAGUUUAAAAAAUAUUUUUUCGUUAUUACGUCAGUUUUAGGAUACUUUUUACCUCUCAGUAUUGUUAUUGUAAUUUACGGGAAAAUGUAUUUCAUCUUACGGCAACAACUUUAUGAGGCACCGAAAUCUUUUCAACUUCCAAGUUUAGUAUCAAACUCUACUGAAGGAUUAUCCCAAUUUCAAUCUUUACCUUAUUCUUCUGAUUUAAAGCAAGGUGUAUAUGCAGAUAUACAAACAAAUCGUGAGUUAUUAAAAAAACGUCAACGAAUAAAAAGACACCAAAAAGCAUUAAAAAUGAUAGCAAGCAUUAUAUCAGCUUUUCUGAUUACUGGUUUACCUCUUAAUCUACAAUGGAUUUUAGUUGGUAUAUGUAAUAAAUGCUAUUCGAGGGUAUUAUUUGACGUCUGCAAUUUUUUAACAUACCCUAAUUCGACAGUUAAUCCUUUUCUUUACGCAUAUGUAAGUCGAACUUUUCGUCAGCAGUUUAAACAAUUACUUCAAUGUAACUUUAAUCGAAAAUAUAGUUUGGACGUCAAAAGAAACAACUGAAUAUUUCUUUUCGUGUUAAAAUCUGUUGUUAUUCUGACUUUUUGGUGUAGAUAAUAUUUUUUUCAUUUCCGUUAUAUUUAUGCAUACUUUUAUUGCUAUAUUUACUUUUAACAAACU